GGAACAACAGCCACCGUGACCUGUCACCUCACCAAGCUCAGCUUUGGCAACUCGAGUGCUUAGUACUUAACACUCAUUCUUCUCUAUGUUCGAGUUAGAGGGCCCCUUCAAUGCUUAAUUUCGUAUCUUCCUAUUUAUCUCUGUUGCCAACUGUCAAGUGCCAGUGUCAUUUUGCAAUCAGUGAUUCAUUUGAAGAUACUAAGCAGUUUCUACCUUGUUCCAGUAUUUUUCUCACCCCCCACCAAUCUCUCUUCUCUCCCAUUUUCAUUUAGAGUUUUCACGCGUGAUAAUCACGCAAAAUGGAAUUGGCACGACCAAAUUCGGUUUCCGACAUUGACCAACUAUCAGUGCAACGCACGCCUUCAAAGUCCAGGAGCGUACGUUCUACAGCAACCGUGGGCGAUUUUGAGAUGCCGAAAGCUCUCAAACGACCUCGGGACGCUACCUUUUCUGUGCGAAGUCUAUACGACGACAUAAAACGAGGAUUAAUUGACGUAAAUCCUGAAUAUCAGCGAGACGUGGUCUGGAAGGCCGAGAAACAGAUAAUGCUGAUAGACAGUGUCUUUACGAACCAUUACAUGCCUCCCAUCAUCUUUUCUGUAUCUUAUGAGGAGAACGGAACCGAAGUUACUAAAAUAUGCCUCGAUGGUAAACAGCGAUUAACGAGUCUGCAACUCUUCAUCGAUGGUGCAAUACCUCUGAAACAUCCAGAAACCUCGAAACUCUGGUGGUUCAAGAAUGAUGAAUCCUCGACAUCGAAGACUCAUAGAAACAUUAUCCCAGAACGGAUUCGACAGAGUUUCCUCAAUCGACAGAUCCGGUGUACGGAAUACGAAGAAUUGGAUGAAGAGGAUGAAAGGGAGAUCUUUCGACGAGUGCAACUCGGAAUGGCACUAUCUACAGCAGAAAAGCUUCGAAUCCGCAGUACCCGUCACGCCAAGUUUAUCAAUGAACUUCGGGAGCUUUACGUGACAGAAAGUGGACUUGCGGCUCCUUCGUUCCGCUGGGACAGAUCCCGCGACGCAGAUUAUCGAUGUCUCGCCCAAGCUGUGUACGCUUUGUCCAAGUGGGGACCAGAGCGCAAUACCGCGCUCAAAACCACGGGAACGUUAUCUCAGGUCGAAAAAUGGUUGGAUGACGAUACUAGUCCUAUGUCGGGGGAAUUCGCGGAUCAGGUCAAGCAGGCGUUCUCUAUAUUAGUACAGCUCACGGUUGAUGAAGACCUUUCCAAGCCCUUCCUGAUGUAUAAGAAGGUAUCACCAAUGGAAAUCAUCGGCGUCGUAAUUCUUAUCUACGUUCAUUCCAUCAUUGCUCCACCCUUCGAAAAGCUCACCUUACCUGAGCUUUCUGCGGCGGUCGCCCAAAUGCGGCAAGACGUCCGACGGGAACACAAAGAUAUCCGCCUGAACGAUAGGGUUGGAAAGACCGUAGUCACGUACGUGAAGGCUUACAGAAAGCCAGCGCCUUUGCCGAUGACAGUCCCUCAAGCUUCGCGGAUACUUUCCAUUGGGGAGUUGACUGGUCAUCACCAACCAAAGGCCGUCGAUACAUCCAUUCCUGCGCAGGCGCAGAUCAAGUCCACCUCACCGAAACGAAAACGCGAGCCGUCUUUAUCAGAUCAACAUGGAGCGAAGCGUUUGACGACCAAAUUGUCUGCUCCUACGUUCGCUCCACUGCCUACUUCGGGCGUGGUCCCAUCGAAUGACUAUCGAGCAAGGUUUUCAUCCUUUCUAUCGGCUCCUGUACCAUAUCCGACUCCGCCAGCAGCAACUUCGCACCUACCACAUCCAUCACCGUAUGGAGCUCCUCCCCCAUAUAUCAUUGGUACCUCAGGAUACCAACAUCCGACAAAAACAGGCCCACAACAUUUUGUACACUCAUACCCAUCUUACUACGGUCACGUACCACCACCACCAUUACCACCACCACAAUCGCAGCCACCUGUCCCUACAUCGUUCCGGUCCGAAGCUUCCCCGAGUUCGUCUACCAGUUCAUCCGAACCCCGAGACGAACUGAGGUUAGUGUAUCCACCUAUUGCCGUCAAGGCUGAGCCUUCCCCAAGCCCAAGUCCUGCCACGAUGCCUCUAGAUGCUCUAAGGCAUCUACAGGAAUUGAAUAAGAUGUUUGAGCGACAGCCUCCAAGUGCGCAUCAAGGUGGUCCGUGGCAGAGCUAUCAGCCAUACUCAGAUUCAAAAUAAUAAUUCGCUGUCCUGUUCCGGUGAAGUGUUCAUACUGCGCAAGGAACCUGCCCAGAAGGCUGCUUGUGAAUCUAAACAACGAAUUGAACUGUCCUAUCU